AAACAACCUCGCAAGCUUUUAGUUCUAGAAAAUAAUGUGUUAUUGAUCUGUGAACAUGUUCAGAACAUUGUGUAUACGUGUUUUGUGUGUGUGUGCGUUAGUCAGGACUCAAGUUAUCCCGGGAAAGGCUAGGGUCACUGAUGGAGAAUAUAAUAGUGUGAACACGGAUGGUUCUUUUGAUUUCGGAUAUGCCAACAAAGAUCGUGGAGCAAGCUACCAUCUUGCUCGUGGUAACGCCAAUGGUGUGGUAGGGGGCAGGUUUGGUGCCAGGGAACCCGGCACUGAAGAAGUUAAGGAAACUAUUUACACUGCUGGCCCUAGAGGAUUCCGCGCAAAAGGCCCAAAUGUUCACAGAAAAAUAGAUCUCGACCAGCGGCCAAGAGGACCGAUUGGGAAUAAAGACGACCCUUACUUCGAUCCCAACGAAGAUCCGAGUUAUUCCUACAAAAUUGACACGAGAACUUAUUCUAAGAAUGAAAACGCUGAUAGCAGAGGGGAUGUAAAAGGACACUAUUCAUUUGUGGACGACAUCGGCGAGCGACACGAUGUAUCUUACAUAGCUGGUAGGGACAGUGGUUUUCACGUGUCAUCAGCUUUCCCUGACUCACCUCGGGGUAUUGGAAGCCCUUUCCAUAGAGCACCGUUAGUAAGGAACGAGAAAAACCCUAGAGGGAAAACUGCAGUGCAGCGAGGUUUGGAUGGAUCAUACAGAUUCAUAUCCGCUGGACCAGACCAAAGAAGAACGGAAAGCAGCGAUUCCCGCGGCAAUGUUAGAGGAUCUUACACCUUCUUAGACGAUAAAGGCGUGCAAAGAACGGUACACUACAUAGCCGGACCUGGUAUAGGUUAUCGGAUUGUAAAGAACAGUAAUGAUCCUUUCAUUCCAUCGUAUUUCCCGCCUCUACCGAGCCAGUAUGAUCCAGCUUUCAAUGAUGUAGGAUCCGUCGUAGCAUCCGUAGCACCAGCGUAUGCGCCUAAUGAUGAAGGCAGUGAUGACGUAUUUAAAGGUCCGGACGGUACAGCUGCAUCAGGACAUGUAAAACCACCGCCGUUCCCAACCUCCGAACCGGAUAUACCCAAUAGCGAUUCUAAUUCAGGCGUCAGUAGUUCUGAAGAUGGCCUCAGUGGAUCAGAUAGUUACGGCCAAGCGCCUCCUUUUAGACCAGAUACAGAUAAUGGAGAUAUAAGUUACGUUGAUCAAGAAUCGUCCAGUUUUGGAGGAGUUAAACCAAGCAAAGGACCAGGCAAACCUUGGCGACCGACCAGCAAACCUUUUAGGCCGACGAAGAAACCUUACGUACCACUAAAGCCUUCACAAGCCCCAUUUUUUAAAGACGAAGACGAUUCCGAUGCCGACAAAAAUAAACCGCAAUUCGCUGUAGGAUUUAAUAUACACCGUAAUAAGCCCGGAUCGACGAUUAUUAAAAACAUCGGCGACAAUUACUUUGGAAUACCUCCCGGCGUGUCGGUGCGGGCUCACGUUCAGAGUAUAGACUUGUACCCCUUCGGUGCUAAACCGAUAUCGCCUUCAGAGGCGCUAGAAAACGAUCAAGUGUAAUUCAUAUCUUGAAAUUAGUGUAACGCUAUAUGAACUUCAAUCAAAUGUGAAAAUUGCGAACAUCAUACAAUCUAAAGUGAAAAAUUAGUUAAGUCAUAUUAAAUAAAAAACAUAAUAAAGAAUUUUUUGAAAAAUUUAUUUGAACACGACUGUAAAUUUAACAAAAUGCAAAAUAGUAACUAUUACGAGGAGUCUAGUGUUGUUCAUUGUUUCUUUUAUAAUUUACAGUUGCAUCGCUCCAGAAAACAAUCACUCCUUUCUAGAUUUCCUUCUAUCUUAUAAAUAUGGUAAUGUCAUACAUAUUUUCAGGUUGCUAUAACAAUACUGUUUUACGCCAUUUAUAUAUUUAUACGGUUCAUAGAGACAAGAUGAAAACCAUAUUUAUAAGGAAGUCUUAACAUUAUGCAAAGAUAUAACAGAUUAAUAAGAAUUUAUAAAUAGGAAGGAUAGUUUGGCAAUUUUAGUGAAUAAACAGGAAAGUUAUAUUAUAGAA